AUGAUUGUUCUAGUUCUCUUUUUGUUUUUUGCCUACUGCUGUGUUUUCUUCAUCUACUUUGGACGCAAUUCUAGUCUACUGGAUAUUCAAGGACCUGUACUUUUGGUAACUGCUCAUCCCGAUGAUGAAUGUAUGUUUUUUUCUCCUGUCUUAUUAUCGCUUUAUAAACGUGAUAUCCCAGUUGAUCUACUUUGCCUUUCUUCUGGAGAUUACUAUGGUGCUGGUCGUGUGAGAUCUGAGGAAUUAAAAUACUCGGCUAACCUUCUCGGAAUUCGACACCUGAUGGUUAUUCAGGAUGCCAACCUGCCAGAUAAUCCUGACAGGCAAUGGCCUUCCGGCUGUGUUUUUGAACACAUUUGCAAAGCUGCUCGCAGUUGGAAGUCAAAGUCGAUUAUUUCAUUUGAUAGUCUUGGUGUGAGUGGUCACCAGAACCAUUGUUAUAUCCACCAUGCGUUAAACGAGAAGUCUCAUCUAUUUGGUGAUGUAGGGAUUUAUUGUUUAAAAACGCUCGGUAUCCUACCAAAAUACUGUAUAUUCUUGGCGAUCGUUUUGGCACUGGUUGAAAAUCGCCGGAAUGUCUUCUGCACUCCAUUGUCGUUAAUUCGUCUUCCUCAUAAAGCGAUGCUUCUGCAUAAAAGCCAGCUAAUGUGGUUUCGAUACUUGUACAUACUUCUUUCUUCAUAUAUGUAUAUUAACAUUCUUUUACCGCUUAAAAAAAGUCACAAGCGUUGA